AACCGAUGUGAUCAUUAGCAGAAAAAACAUCAAUUGUUGCAUUUGACGGUUGUAACAGAAUUUUAUCGAGACAUUUUGUUAAAAUACUUUUUGUUUUCUCUUUCAGUUGUGAACUAUUUAUGGAAUUCAAUUGACACUGCAGACCGAUGAACAGAAAUUGUUCACGUAAUCCCAAAGAGUCGAUUAUUUAUCGUGCAUUUAGUUAUUCUUUAAUUAAACACAGAAAAAAACAAUCGUAGCAAAUAUAUGUGUGUAACCAAUGGUAUUAUUUAUAAAAAUUAAUUCAGUCAGUAAGUUUUACAUGAAAUAAUGUAACAUUUACCGAGCAUCAUUCAAAACAGGAUUUGCAAAUAAGGCCGUGACCAAACAGACUCAAACAAAGUGCAGGGACUCGAGAAAUAAAGCAUAUUUGGGCUGCAGUGCUGCAGUGCCGACUGGCGCAAGAGUGUCAAUAACGGGCACUAGUUCCUUAUAAGAGUCCACUUCAUCGACCCAACCGCCGACAUGACGAUGGAAAAGAAGUUGUGCGGCGUGAUCAUGAUUUGUCAAAUGACUGCAAUACUCUCAGGAGUAGCAAUGCUGUACCUUGCAGUCAUUGUGAUAAUUCCUUCAAAAGAUGAGCUGCUCAUGGGAAUAAGUAUAGCACCUAUAAUGUGUUCCACAGUUCAAACUGAGAACAAUAAUCUCAAGACCAACCCAGAUGGUACGCCAAAGAAAUGUGAUUGGGCAUCGUGUAGAGAGUGGUGCCUUUCCAAAGACCCGGCUGUGUGCCUACAAAUCUACGUACGGCCGCGAUUGAGAGGUUCGAACGUCACCUUAGAAGAAUGUGAACCUGAACAAAUGGAUAAGGCUUGUUCAGCUUUGAAUGUAUCAGCCGCAGUGCCUUUUAGAUGCAGAACAGGUGAGUGUCAGGAUCUAGACGGCGUAUACAAUUGCUCCAAGCCAGACCCUAACGAGUGCAGAUUGAUGUCUCCGGCUUACGAAUGCCGUGCGCGGAACAUCAGUCGUCUUCCCAUAGUCUGCAACGAAGAGAAGUGUCAGACACGACUAAUCGGAGUCGUGUCUUGCACGGCAGGCGAAUGUCUCAGGCUCUAUGAUGUUCCACAUUACGAUUACUGCGAAAGAAAGUGCUCCAAUCUUGAGAUCGACAACAUCAACUCCAUGAUAUUCAGCAAGGAGAGAAUAAUAACUAGGAAGUGUAAGAAAGUCACAGCCUCAAACGGCACAGACGUGAUCCAAAAUCUUGGCAAAAACCCUAGCUGGCAAUCGGCUUCAGAAGUGUUGAUGCUUUUCUGCACAUACAUCACUCCUACCGAGAAUGGAUACCUCAUGGACGACUGCUUCAAUGCAACGCUUGGGGAAAUGAGAAGAAUCAGGGACAUGCGUGACUUCCGAGACCUGAUCAAGUACCAUAUCGCGACGGGCGAGACCCGCGGGUGGCUCAUCGAUCCCGAAGAGGCUCUGCAGGUCGUCAACGACACGAAACUCCGCAUCAACUCUGAGGCAUGUACGAACACCUUGAGCAAGAAAUGCACGCACUUUUUCAAGAACCACAGACACGAUGAACGAGAUGGGAGAACCAGAGACCGGUUCCCUUGUUUCUACACCAAAUCUCACAACGACUUCGUGAUGGCGGUCUUCAACCCUGAAGAAACCAAAAUGUAUCUUCUGCUGGCCACUUGCGUCCCUGCCUUCCUCUUCAUCCUCUCGUGCGGCUUCUUGUACCUUUGCUCGAAGCUGGUGAACCCUGACGACGACGGUCACCUCGUGCUCAAGACUCUUAAGAAAGAUCCCAUGCCAUCUGACGCGAGUGAUCUAUGAGACAUGACUGGGUUUUGAGCAUCUCUCUCUAACUAACACUCACGUGGCGGAGAGAGAGAGAUGUCCCAAUAGCCCUAAUAUGGUCCUCGUUAGGUGAUAAUCAGGGUGUUUGCAGACAAUUCUUUUCACUAUCGAUUACCCUUCAACUUCUUCUUGGCCUUUAACUUUCACUAGAAUUUUGUACGCAAUUUCCAUGCUCAAGUCUGUAUAUACUCACGAAGCUCAUGCAAUUUUGCGAUCUAUUUACCCACAUUCUUGAUAUAUUCGUGCAUCAUUAUCUUUAUUAAUGAUGAGCUCAGCUAUAGAAAUAUUAAUUUCAGCAAUGAUAAUUUGACCACGAUCUCCCUUGCUAUGGUUCAAAUUUGUAGAUUGUCCACCGGCUUCGCAUAUCUUUUUAUGAGCCAGCUCAGAUAAUUGUCUUGACGUAUCACUUUAUCAUUCUAACAAAAAUUUCAUCCUCGCAAAUAUCUCCAUAGAACUUAGGACUUAUGCUAACUUCCUUAGGUUGUGAAACCAGCGAUUUCCCAAGUCAGUCAAAAGUAUUAUUGUGCUGAAAUAUCGAAGCAACUUUCAAACGCACGAAAUUUUAGAAGUCUUAUAAUAUACUUAUUCCAGGUUUAUUUUUAAGCAACUUCGAUCAUUGACCAUCCACGUUUUGCAAUCAAUUAAUCUAUUUGCAUGAAAAAUUACAUUAUAAUUGAUUAUUAAUAAUUCUUUGCAUUUGACCAAGGCCAUAACGCUGCAUGGCCUUCGACGCCUUUAUCCAGUACGCUGUACAUAUAUUGUAAGCAGGAAUAGCCCCACUUCUUUUCUAUGAAACAAUUAUCUUAACGUGUAAUAGAUUUGAAUGCGAGAAAAUUAUAUCACUCUCAAAGCUGUAAUUAAGCUGAAGGCGUUCACUAUUUCGAACGGCCAAUGUAUUAGCUAAUAUCAUAAAAAAUAACGAAUAAUAGAAAUUCGAUUAAUAUUUUCUUCUUUACUCGCAACACGGCUCGCUAACAGUAGCAUAACCACAUAAUUAUUUCCAAGUAUAACGGAUACAUUAUAAAAAUAGAAUAAGCUACAAAGUAUAUGCUUGGUUCUUAGAAAGACCAUGGUCGGUCAUUGGUAAAGCUGCCAUAGCAUUCAAGCGAGUUUGUUCGUUAGACAGAAACAACAUUUUUCUCUGCGGGUCGCAAUCCAAUGCAUAGCUUUCAGUUAGCAUAGAAAUAGAAAUUGUUUGCCUCGACAGCUUUAUGUGAAUAUUUCCCUGCAGAGGUAGGUGAGUCGGUCUAUUGCCCGCUCGGGCAAUCCGAAUAAUAGAACUUUAAUGGUCCAGAGUCUCUGCCACAGCCACGCACCACUCUCGUUGAAAAUCCAAGCCUUAUUAAAAAGCCGACGUGGUGAUGCCGGCGGAAGCCAAAGCGGUAGUAAUUUACAAUGAGCAAAGUUUCUACCCCGGGACAACCAAUUAAGACUAAAACAUAUUCUCGUAAGGGUCACUAAUCAUUUUCCGGGGUUAAAUAUGUUUAUAUAAUAUAAUGGUAUUGGUGUGCCUAUUCCUCCCUGAAAAUUCUAUUCUAUUCUAUUCUAUCCCUCGGCCAGUUGAAUAAGGGUUUCCUAUAUUAAAGGGAACACUCACAUACCACUUAUUUAGGUAGCAAAAUAAAAGAGACGGAGAGGAUAUAACGGGAUUGUUUUGUGAGGUAUACGAAUCUUUAAGUAUCUUUACAUCAUCAAAUGAUGUCCUAUUCCUGACGUAAUUCAACAUCGAUGAACUGAAAAUUUUCGUUUCCCAGAGCGGGCAGGAUCGAUUGUUGUCAAUGAAUCGAAAUUCGUCCAUGUACUAAACUCGUUAUCUGGCAAUGAAAACUGUUCAUCUUCAGCAAGGGCACAGAGUCCCUCCGUUCACAAAUGAGGCUUGCAGUAAUUUUGCAAGCCACAGCGCUUUAUUUUGAAAAUAAUCAUCCACUGAUUAUUAAAUAUUUCUGAUA